AUGAUCGCCACAACUAUGCUCCCUCGCGUCGCUUUGCGUAGCGCCUGCACCGCCUGCACCGCUCGCACCGCUUUGCCUCUUCGUCGAGGCUUUACUACUUCUCGCGUCGACCUCGCCAACACGCUCAUCUUCCUCGAGCACAAGAAGGGCAACUUUGCUGCUGCUACCCUUUCUGCUCUCACUGCCGCACAGAAGCUCGGCGGCGACAUCGAUGCGCUCGUUGUAGCUGACGAGGCGUCCGCCAGCCAGGUCGCUGAAAAGGCUGCCAAGCUCCCUGGUCUCAAGAAGGUUCUCGUCGCUAAGCAUGCCGACUUUGCCAACAACCUCUCCGAACCCCUCGCUCCUCUCAUCAAGCAGAUCGUCGAGUCGAACUCCUACACCCACGUUUGCACAGGACACACCGCCGUUGGCCGUGACAUCUUCCCUCGUGCCGCUGCUCUGCUCGACUCGUCUCAGAUCUCCGACAUCAUCGGUCUUGAGGGUGAAGACACUUUUGUCCGCCCCAUCUACGCCGGUAACGCCAUUGCCACCCUCAAGAGCUCGGACAAGGUCAAGGUCUUCACCGUCCGAGGCACCGCCUUUGACGCUGCUGCACAGGAGGGUGGAAGCGCCACCACCGAAGAGGUCAAGCCCGACAGCGUCGAGUCGCUCACCCAGUUCGUCGAGGAGAAGGUCUCCGAGUCGUCUCGCCCAGACCUUGCCACCGCUCCCCGCGUCGUUUCCGGUGGUCGCGCACUCAAGUCGGCCGACAACUUUGUCAAGUACAUUGAGCCGCUCGCUGACUCGCUCAACGCUGCUGUCGGUGCCUCGCGAGCCGCCGUUGAUGCCGGAUACGCUGACAAUGCGCUUCAGGUCGGUCAGACGGGUAAGAUCAUCGCACCCGAACUCUACGUUGCUAUCGGUAUCUCGGGUGCCAUCCAACACUUGGCUGGUAUGAAGGACAGCAAAACCAUCGUUGCCAUCAACAAGGACGCAGACGCUCCCAUCUUCCAGGUCGCCGAUCUUGGACUGGUUGCCGACCUCUACGAGGCCGUUCCUGAGCUGCUCGAGAAGAUCAAGUAA